AUGAUUCUAAUGACGAUAAUAUUAUUAUCAAAAAAAUUUGCUAUCAUUCGUUUACCAUGUAAACAUAUAUUGACAUGUCGUUUAAAAAUAACAUUGAGAAAUAUGAAUUGUAAACAUGAUUCGGAUGAACAAUAUUAUUUGAGGAGCAGUGUUAAUUAUUACAAAACAGAAAAAUUGAUAAAUUUACUAAAAACUGAUCCUAUUGAUGAACAGCAAAUACUCGGAUUUGUCAACGAUGCUAAUCAUAUUAAUACGAUUAGUAAAAAUUUAUCCAAUCUCCUCGUUCAACUGGUUACCGACUAUACAGCUUUUAAACAAACACAAACACAGAAUGCAGGUAUAACAAGAGAAGAAGUGAAGUCGGAUAAUACUCGCGAUGCAGACACUGUAUGUAUCGAUCCUCGUUAA